AUGAAGCAUUGGAGAUUCGAUUUAUUCCUUGCGAUCGCUGCAUUAUGUACAUGCAUACCGAUUGCCUCCAUAACAAUCCACCGAUGUCGUCUCAGCUGGCACUUUAUCCUCAUAGGCAUCUGGAAGCUUGUUACUUCUGUAUCGGUGGCAUGCAUAUCAGUCCAUCGCUGCAUUCUUGUUCACCAAGGAAAGAACAACCGCAGGCCACUCCUGUGGCUCCUUCUCUACCUCGCAGGUACAGCUGUCGGUAUGACCGGCCUAUGUUCGUUACUUUGGACUAGCUUUCGCCAGGAUCAGACUGUCAGAAAUCUGACAUACGGCUUUGCUGCACCUAUGAUCCUUAUUCCUGUGCUUGUAGCCAUUCAUUGGUUCGUGAAGCACUUGGACCUCAAAGAAGGAGGAGGAGCUGUCUGGUUAUCUGCUAUUUUAAGCACACUCGCAGGUGCCGUGGUUGCUUUCGCUACGGUAUUUAGCUUCUUCUCGGCUCUGUAUGGAGACCUGGUGUUGGGUGCCAUCGCAGACAACCUCCUCGGUCUGCCGAGCGCCGAUUUUGCCCCCCUCUACUGGGUUUGGUUUAUUGCGAAAAGGUUGCCGAUGCUCUCUUUUUAA